GGGGGGUCCCUAAAACUGAAGUAUCCUUAUAAUUUGAGAAAGAUGGUGUAGUAGGUGGCUAAGAAUGGGAAGUAAAGUGUAAUAAUUAUAUGCCAAUCAGAUAUCGGUUGGGGAAGGCAAAAUUGACAUGAGGCAAAGUUAGUCAGAGUUAGGCAGAGAGUAAUACAAAAAACAAAUAUUUACUGUGGGGUUGGUAUUACUUAACUCCAUCCUAAAAGACAAUCAUUCUUUUGGGGUCCUAUAAAAUUUUAUUGUCAUAAAGCAGCUACUUAAGCUUCAAUGUAGCAGAAGAUAGCGAUUUGCUCUUUGUUACUGCACAUUUGAACAUUAGCAAUAUCCCAAACUACCUUAUGUUUGGUGAAAUGGAUCAAAAGCAAGAGCAAGAAGAGGGGAACACCAAAAUGUCUGGCUUUGAUGUUACUCUAAUAUCUCCCAAAGUUCCAAAAGCAGUUUCACCAGUAUCUUCUGCAGCAGAUGGUGAAACCUUAAGGCGACCUCGUGGCAGGCCAGCUGGCUCUAAGAACAAACCUAAGCCACCAAUAAUUGUGACAAGGGAUAGUGCUAAUGCACUCAAGGCUCAUGCCAUGGAAGUUAGCUCUGGCUGUGAUGUGAAUGAAAGUUUGUUGAACUUUGCAAGGAGAAAGCAACGUGGCCUUUGCAUACUUAAUGGUACUGGCUGUGUAACAAAUGUAACAUUGCGCCAACCAGCCUCAUCUGGUGCCAUUGUUACCCUUCAUGGUCGAUUUGAGAUUCUCUCAUUGCUGGGGUCAAUCCUUCCUCCACCAGCACCACCAGGGAUCACUGGUCUUACAAUUUACUUAGCAGGUGCUCAAGGGCAAGUUGUUGGAGGUGGUGUUGUUGGUGCUUUGAUUGCUUCUGGCCCUGUUGUUAUCAUGGCUGCAUCAUUCAUGCAUGCUACUUUUGAUCGUCUUCCAUUGGAAGAUGAUGAACUUGCUGCUGCUGUAAUGCAGAAUCAGCAUUACCAAAAUGGACGCACCCAUCAUCUUGAUAUCCCUGACUUAUAUGCAGUGCCACAGAACCUGCUCAUGAAUGCUACAAUGCCCCCGGAGAUAUACUCCUGGGCACCCGGGAGGAACUUGUCCAAAACCUGAAACUUUAGCAUAC